AUGCCUUCUUCGCGUCCCUCAACACCUCCCUUCUUCCCUCUCUGCCUCUCACCUCGCCUCCCUCUAACCACCCUCCCUUACUGCACGCCACCGCUCCUCUCCGCAUCCCACCACUCCGGCUACUGGAUGGGCCACCUCUGGCAGCCCCACGCGUGUCGCCUGCGCCGCCUCUCCCCCCCUGCCCUGCACGCGUGCUUCAACGGCCGCACGCUGCUCUUCCUCGGGGACUCCCAGCUGCGCUACACCUUCGGCUUCCUGCGCUUCCUCCUGCGCUUCCCCUCCUGCGCUGCCUUCCUCACCAAGUUUGCUGCUAAGCCCAAGCCUCUCACAGCAGUGUUCUGCCUUUCUCCCCCUCUCCUUCCCCUUCAUCUCUAUCCGAUGCCACCUGCUCUUCAUUCAUUGGUAACUACACCUCUCCACAUCCCUCCACCAUACACUCCAUUCGCACAGGUGUUCUGGCCCAACAUGCUGGCCUGUGGCAGUGUGCCACGUGGCAACGGGUCCAUUUACCCACCAAUCAACAGCAGCACGGGCGAGCUCAUCUCCACGGGCGUGUGUCAGCAGCCCGACUCCGCCUUCUUCUUCCACGGGGAGAACUUCAACGGCUAUGGCCGCGCCCUGUACAAGGUGAAAGCAGCAGCGGGCAGCCCCCCCUGGGCCUUCAACCUCACGUACGUGUCGCAGUGCGGCGCCGUGAAGCCCGUGUUCCCCGCGUGGAUGAGCGACCCCGCCCUCGUGGGGCUGCAGCUCACCCUCUUUGACGCGCGGGACGACUCCAACCUGCUCCCCCUGCUAGCAGUCAUGAGGGACCCCUCCGCAGUGACUGUACUGGGGCCGUGGGCGGCGAGGGAGGACAGCAAGCCGCCCGAGUUCAUCCCCGUCAGCAACAACGCGCGUGCCAUGGCGUUUGAAGCCGAGCUCCUCAGGCGGGUGCCCUCCACACAGCCCGGGGCACCCAGUGCGCUGGGCAUGAUGGGGCUGACUCUCCCGCGCCCAGACCUGUGUCCCGACAGCACGCACUACGCGUGGCCCGUCACCCUCGCCAUCCUUGACCUCUGGCUCACGCCUCUCUGCGCCCAACACGCCUCACGCGCUCCUCAACACUAG